AUGGGGGGUCGUACCCCUUCUUUCCCGGUGGGUGCUGCCCCCCGUGGGCACCAGUCCCGCGUGGGGCUGCUGCAGGAGGCGCCCUCGCUCCCCUUCAUGCUGCUGCAGCAGUUAGCUGCACAUCACCGGUUACCCCCCCCGACGUGUGUGUUGGGGGGGAAGCACCUGGUCCUGCUGCGGGACGGCCGGACGCUCAUCGGGUACCUGCGCAGCAUCGACCAGUUCGCAAACUUGGUGUUGCACCAGACUGUGGAGCGCAUCCACGUGGGCAAGAAGUAUGGGGACAUCCCUCGAGGCAUCUUUGUUGUGAGAGGCGAGAACGUUGUUCUGCUGGGGGAAAUAGACCUGGAGAAGGAGAGCGACACGCCUCUGCAGCAGGUCUCCAUCGAGGAGAUCCUGGAGGAGCAGCGGGUGGAGCAGCAGGCCAAGCAGGAGUCGGAGAAGCUGAAAGUGCAGGCGCUGAAGGAGCGGGGCCUCUCCGUCCCGCGGGCAGACACCCUGGACGAGUACUAG